ACCGGGAAGCUUCCUACCUCCCUUCCUCACUUCAUUUUAACUUUGCUUCUUUUUCUUUUUUCUGUUUUUUUGUUUCUUGUCUCUUUUUAAAGCCACCCCCACCUCACGCUCACACUCACACUCACACUCACUCUCACCUCCCAUUCCAACUCCUCUUCACAGUCUCACUCACGAACCUGCAAUUAAUUGUCACAAGCAUAGAAUCAAUGGAGCUUCUUGAUUGCUGGGCUUCAAGGCCGUCUAGGAAGAGAAAGUCACCCGAGGAAGAUAAAGACACUUUGAGCUUCUCCAUGGAUGAGCUCAAUCAAGAUCUUCUUGAAAGAGUAUUAUCAUGGCUACCCACCUCCACAUUUUUCCGUCUUAGUUCGGUCUGUAAGAGAUGGAAGUCAGUUGCAGAUUCUUCCAGCUUCAAGGUUGCCUGCUCUCAGAUUCCUUCCCGGGAUCCAUGGUUUUUAAUGGUUGAUCGCCAUCUCAACCAUUCAGUUGUUUUCGAUUCUGCUGAAAAAGGUUGGAAAGGGCUCAAACACCCACCUCUCCUCCAGCAGAAAUCCAAAUCCGAUUGCAUGCCAGUUGCAGCAUCUGGUGGUUUGGUCUGUUUCCGAAAUGCAUCUGGAAAUUUCAUUGUCUGCAAUCCCGUGACAGGGUCAUGUCGCAAACUCCCUCCACUGGAUCUUGCACCUGAAAACCAAUCUCUUCAUGCCAUUGUCAUGGAUCAAUGUUCCCAAUAUGACAGCUCUUACAAGCUUGUGUUAGUGUUUGGUGAACUUCCAAAACUAUCAUUCAAAGUCUACAACUCAAGUGGUAAUUGCUGGGAAGAAGAGAUUUCGCUGAGUAGAAAGGUUGAUGAAACUAUGGAGAUUGAGUCAAAUGAUGAUGACGAUGAUGAUGCUGUUUACUUCCUUAGUAAAGCUGGUAAUGUAGUAGCCACUAACAUGCAGAGAAGUCCAUCCAAGGAAUACUCUUCAGUCAUUACUUGCAAAGAUGGUGAGGAAAUUGCUUAUUUCCUUAGCUCAUCUGGUGUAAUUGUGGCAUGCAAUCUGACCCGCAAGAGUUUCUCUGAGUACCCAAGGCUGUUACCAGUCUUUUCUGAGUACUCCAUUGAUGUAGUGCAAUGUAGAGGAGAAAUGCUAGUUGUUUUGUUAUCAGAAUUUCUUGAAAGUGCCAGUCUUAGAGUGUGGAGAUUUGAUCAGGAUAAGGGGUCUUGGCAUCAGAUUGCAGCAAUGCCACCAGCAAUGUCGCAUGAGUUUUAUGGCAAGAAGGUGGAUAUAAACUGUGUUGGGGCUGGUGACCAGAUAUUUAUUUGCUUAAACUCUGCUGAGCAUUUCAGUUAUGUUUUAUGUGAUUUGGUCACCAGUGAAUGGGUUGAUUUGCCCAGAUGCUAUAUGGAUGGUGAAGCCGUGGAGUUCAUGUCUGCCUUCUCAUUUGAGCCAAGGAUCGAAGCUUCUGUAUGAGAAGCACUAGAGUUGGCAAGGGAGCAACAUAUUCAGGAUCAAGAACGCCGCUGUGACUUUUCAUUAAUCUGUAGUUUUCUUGUAUUCUUUCAUAGUUUCAUGAGUUUUUUAUUUCUUUAAUUUGUUCAAGCAAAUUAGCCAACGUAAAUUGGUAUGAACUUUGCUAUUAAAAUUAACUCAAUUCAUUUGUAACAUCGUGUACUACUUACUACACUUGAGUUUACAAAAAUUGUCAUGCUUGUCAUUCUAAUAAAGAUUUC